CAUGCGCGGAUUCCUCGGCCCCCCCCCCUACCGCGGCGCGCGCGUACGGGGGCUCACGAGGCUCCGGGACCUGUGAGGCUGCUGGGACCCCUGGCGCGCCGUGUUCGGUAUAAAUCCAGAGGAAUUGAGAAUCUGAUGGCAUGGCUUUAAUUACCUUGCGGAGGAACCUCUGUCAUUUAUCUGAUUUUCGGAUACAUGGAGCUCUGGCUGCUCUGAGAAAUCAACGUGUGAAUCAUGUUCACAAGAUAGUCCAGGAGCACCUAUGUCCAUGGUUCUGUUCACUGCCACCUGGGCCUGUCAGGGUCAGGUUCCGUCACGCCCCUUGUCAAAAGUUCCACUCGGAAAAUGGAAAUGACCUUCCUCCAGCUGGUGAGCCAGCAUUCUCUCAAGUACAUGACUGGGACAGGUUUGAACAAAAUCUUAAAAAUGAGGAUGAACAGAUAUCUUACAGGAGACUAAACAACUUCACCUCAUCCGAAGAAGUGUUAAGUUUCCUAAGCACACUGCAGACUCUGCCCGACGCUGUGGCAGCAGGAGCCCUCAAACGGAUUUGCGAAGUGGAAAAAAAGGAGGAUGCCCAAAGGCUGCCGAAAGAGAUACUGGAGAACAGCAUCUUUCAGGUUGUAUGUGAUCAGCUGGAACAGGACCCCUCAAAUCUGUCAAAUGCCACUUUGGCGACUGCUUUGCAAGCCCUGACUCUGUCGUACAUGGACCCCCGAAGCAGCCUGCUGCCGAAACUGGUGGCCGAGUGCCAGCAUCGUCUCGGAAGCGUUGGCCUGGACGUCCACAGUCUUUGUGUUCUGGGGGAAAGUCUGAUUAAACUGCGGGGUCCAGAUUGUUCAGCCGUAGAACGGAUUAUAUGUCUACUGCAGGGUAAAAAUUUGGAAGCCUUUACCCCUGAAGAUGUUGUGACCCUCUAUAGAAUACUGCAGAUGUGUCCCGACUCAGUGCACGAACACCAGGCGUUUUUAAAUAAGAUGAAUACCUUUUCUCUGUCGGUCGUUUCCAGCCUGAGUCCUAACUUGAUGAGCCAGAUGCUCACUGCCCUGGUGGUUCUUGAUCAAACUCAGGCGCUUCCUCUGGUUAUAAAAUUGGGUAAACAUGCGGUGAGGCACAUCCCACACUUCACCAACAAAGAGCUGGGAAAAGUCUUAGAGGCUUUCAUCUACUUUGGGCACAAUGACAGGUUUUUUACAAAAGCCCUGGAGCAGCACGUCGCCCCGCUGUGUCUCACCCUGGAUCCUGAGGUCCUCAGCGCCGUCAUGGGGUACUGCGGCAGCAAACGGAUUCUUUCCAAACCCAUCCUGAAUGCGGUGGCAGAAGCUUUUGUUUGCCAACCUGAGAAAUUCUCACCCAGCCAAAUUUCUGAGUUAAUUGAACCAUUUGGAAAACUCAAUUAUUUGCCACCAAAUGCCUCUGCUUUGUUUACGAAGCUAGAAAAUAUACUGUUAACUCAUUUCAGUUCUUUUCCACCCAAAACACUAUUGAAACUUCUCCAUUCAUGUUCACUUAUUGAAUGCCAUCCAGUCAACUUUAUGGCAAAAUUAUUCAGCCCACAUUUUCUUCAGCGGCUGCAAGGUGACGAACCCUAUCUGGACAGACUGAGCCUAGCACAGCUGACCCAGCUUUUCUUAACCUCAGUUCUAGAGUGCCCCUUCUAUAAGGGUCCAAAACUUCUUUUUAAAUAUCAAGUGAAAUCAUUCCUCACUCCGUGCUCCUCCCUGGAGACCCCCGUGGAUUUUCAGCUUUAUAAAUCUGUGGUGAUUGGACUGAUUGACCUUUUAGGAGCAAGACUGUAUUUUGCCUCAAAGGUGUUAACACCCUAUCGUUACACGAUAGAUGUUGAAAUUAAAUUAGAUGGAGAUGGAUUUGUAGUGCCAUUUACAGUCGAUGAAGAUGUGCAUAAAAGGGUAGCACUGUGCAUUGAUGGUCCAAAAAGAUUUUGUUUGAAUAGCAAACACUUACUGGGGAAGGAAGCUACCAAACAGAGACACCUGCGCCUGCUUGGUUACCAGGUCAUUCAGAUUCCCUAUUAUGAGAUUGAGAUGCUAAAAUCAAGACUUGAAUUAGUGGAAUACUUACAAAGAAAACUAUUUUCUCAAAACUUUGGCAGACAUUGGUAUCAAGAAUGAAUGCUGGCUUCAGAACUCAAAGUAGUGACAGAACUUGCAAAUUAGCCAUUUGUUUACGGACUGUGGUGAUCUGGGAAGGGUCUCUCAUUUCCUCGCACCGUGUAUGCACUUAUCAGUGGCAAAUUUGAAGUUAAUUUUAAUCUUUAUUUAAUACUAGUGUCAUAGAUACUUUUAUACAUCAAACAGAAUCAAUCCAGUACAAUAAAGAACGUAACGUGUAAGUGUUAUUUUUAAGUCUUGUGUUUUGUGACAGGUAGCUGCUAACUGAAAAUAUACUCUUGAGAGACCUUUGUUUCCUAUUCUAACAAAUGUAAGAAAAAUUUUAUCUCCCAUGUUUUUCUUUUAUAUUUUGUUAGAGGAAGUAAUAGAUGGUCAGGAAAAGGAGCAAUGAAAAAUAGACUGGAUGUAAGCAUAUAUAAUUGUAGACUUAUACAGAAAUAACCCUUUAGUUAAUAAGAAAAUAUUUUGUAUUGGUAUGGGAGCUUUUUAUGUUUUUUUUGUUUUUUUUAAAUGUAUCAAGAUGUGAAAAAGCAGGGUUUGGGGGAAAGGUUUGAUUGGAGGGAGAAACUUCUAAAUUUUACAUUUAGAAUUAAUUAAAUUCUUCAGUUCAUUG